UCUGCAAUCUCAGCUUUUACCUGGCGUUCAGAACGUCGUUCAGGUUUGUAGAUAACUGCUGAAGAAUCGGUGCGCGGAGUGACAUAGCACGCAACGAGACCGGAAAGGCUGGUGGGUCAAGAUGGUGGCUGUAAAACGCAUCCUUGACGAUUGAUUAGCGUUCGGGCCCGACAUGGAACCGGGGACGGACGACUUCCUACCGCCGCCAGAGUGUCCGGUGUUCGAGCCCAGUUGGGCAGAAUUUCGAGACCCCCUUGGCUACAUCGCGAAAAUCAGGCCCAUUGCCGAGAAGUCCGGUAUUUGCAAGAUUCGCCCACCCGCGGACUGGCAGCCUCCCUUUGCAGUAGAAGUUGACAACUUCAAAUUUACUCCACGCAUCCAGAGGCUAAAUGAACUAGAGGCUCAGACCAGAGUGAAACUGAAUUAUUUGGACCAGAUUGCAAAAUUCUGGGAAAUUCAAGGUUCUUCUUUAAAAAUGCCCAAUGUGGAGCGGAGGAUCUUGGACCUCUACAGUCUUAGUAAGAUUGUGAUGGAGGAAGGUGGCUAUGAAGCCAUCUGUAAGGACCGACGAUGGGCCCGAGUUGCCCAGCGCCUCAGCUACCCACCAGGCAAAAACAUUGGCUCCCUGCUACGAUCUCACUAUGAACGUAUCAUUUAUCCUUAUGAAAUGUUUCAGUCUGGAGCUAACCUUGUGCAGUGUAACACUCAGCCAUUUGACAGUGAGGAAAAAGACAAGGAAUACAAACCCCACAGCAUUCCCCUUAGACAGUCUGUGCAGCCUUCCAAGUUCAGCAGCUAUAGUCGGCGGGCAAAAAGACUACAGCCUGAUGUUGUGCGCACAAAUCAGUGUGCAGGAGAAUUUGUCAUCACUUUCCCUCGAGCUUACCACAGCGGCUUUAACCAAGGCUACAACUUUGCAGAGGCUGUCAACUUUUGUACUGCUGACUGGCUGCCUGCUGGACGCCAGUGCAUCGAACACUACCGCCGACUUCGGCGCUACUGUGUCUUCUCCCAUGAGGAGCUCAUAUGCAAAAUGGCUGCCUUUCCAGAGAAGUUAGACUUGAACCUGGCUGUGGCUGUGUACAAGGAGAUGUUCAUUAUGGUGCAGGAGGAGCGACGUUUACGAAAAUCCCUAUUGGACAAGGGCAUCACGGAGGCUGAGCGAGAGGCUUUCGAGCUGCUCCCAGAUGAUGAACGCCAGUGCAUCAAGUGCAAGACGACAUGCUUCCUAUCAGCCCUGGCCUGCUAUGACUGCCCAGAUGGCCUUGUCUGCCUUUCCCACAUCAAUGACCUCUGCAAGUGUUCCAGUAGCCGGCAGUACCUGCGGUAUCGUUACACCUUGGAUGAGCUCCCUGCCAUGCUACAUAAGCUGAAGGUUCGGGCCAAGUCCUUUGACACCUGGGCUAACAAAGUGCGAGUGGCCCUAGAGGUAGAGGAUGGCCGGAAGCGGAGCUUUGAAGAGCUAAGGGCACUGGAGUCUGAGGCCCGUGAAAGAAGGUUCCCUAACAGUGAGCUGCUUCAGCGAUUGACAAACUGCCUGAAUGAAGCAGAGGCUUGUGUCUCCCAAGUCUUGGGUCUGGUCAGUGGCCAAGAGGUCAGGAUUGAAACACCACAACUGACCCUGACUGAGCUCCGGGUCCUUCUUGAGCAGAUGGGCAGCCUCCCCUGUGCCAUGCGUCAGAUGAGGGAUGUUAAGGAUUUCCUGCAGCAGGUGGAGGACUACCAAGCUGAGGCCCGGGAAGCCCUGGCCUCACUGCCACCCAGUCUGGGGCAACUGCGGUCCCUGUUGGAAAGGGGGCAGCAGCUGGGUGUGGAAGUGCCUGAAGCCCGUCAGCUCCAGCAGCAAGUGGAGCAAGCACGAUGGCUAGAUGAAGUAAAGCAAGCACUGGACCCUUCAGCCCAAAGGGGCUCCCUGGUCAUCAUGCAGGGGCUGUUGGUUACAGGUGCCAAAGUAGCUUCCAGCCCUUUUGUGGAGAAGGCCCGGGCUGAGCUUCAGGAGCUGCUGACCAUUGCAGAGCGCUGGGAAGAAAAGGCUCAUUUCUGCUUGGAGGCCAGGCAGAAGCAUCCACUAGCUACACUGGAAGCCAUAAUUCGUGAGACAGAAAACAUCCCUGUUCACCUACCUAACAUCCAGGCACUCAAAGAGGCUCUGACCAAGGCACAGGCUUGGAUUGCUGAUGUGGAUGAGAUUCAAAAUGGUGACCACUACCCAUGCUUGGAUGAUUUGGAGGGCUUGGUAGCUGUGGGCCGGGACCUACCGGUAGGGCUGGAAGAGCUGAAACAGCUAGAGUUGCAGGUACUGACAGCACACUCCUGGAGAGAGAAGGCUUCCAAGAUGUUCCUGAAGAAGAAUUCAUGCUACACAUUGCUGGAGGUGCUUUGCCCAUGUGCAGACACUGGUUCAGACAGGACCAAGCGCAGCUGGUGGAUGGAGAAGGAGAUGGGGUUAUAUAAAUCUGAUACAGAGCUGCUGGGACUUUCUGCGAAGGACCUCAGGGACCCAGGCUCUGUGAUUAUGGCCUUCAAGGAGGGGGAACAGAAGGAGAAGGAGGGAAUCCUGCAGGUUCGUCACACCAACUCCGCCAAGCUCAGUCCAUCAACUACAGCCUCCUCUGCAACCUCCAUCUGUGUGUGUGGGCAGAUGCCAGCCGGGGUGGAAGCUCUGCAGUGUGACCUAUGUCAGGACUGGUUCCACGGGCGAUGUGUGUCAGUACCCCGCCUCUUCAGCUCCCUGAGACCCAGUGCCACCUCAUCACCACUGCUGGCCUGGUGGGAGUGGGACACCAAAUUCUUGUGUCCACUGUGCAUGCGCUCACGGCGCCCACGCCUGGAGACCAUACUGUCACUGCUGGUAGCACUGCAGAGACUGCCUGUGCGGCUGCCCGAGGGUGAGGCCCUACAGUGCCUCACAGAGAGGGCCAUUGGGUGGCAAGGCCGUGCCAGAGAAGCUCUGGCGUCUAAGGAUGUGACUGCUCUUUUGGAACGGCUGGCUGAGCUUCGCCAGCGGCUGCAGCUUGAACCCACACCCAAGGAUCCCCAUACUUGCUCUUCAGCUGCUGUCUCUGACCCUCCCAGAGAAGGCAAUGGCAAGAUGACCAAGGUCCAAGGGUUGCUGGAGAACAGAGACAGUGUAAGCAGUCCUGAGAAGGUAGCUGCUGGGUAUGACUUGUAUAAGACAGACUUGGAACAGCUCUCCUCAGUACUGCCCCAGUUGAUUGGCCCCGUAUUGGAACUGCCUGAGGCAACUAGGGCCCCCCUGGAGGAGCUCAUGUUGGAGGGGGAUCUCCUUGAGGUGACUCUGGAUGAGAACCACAGCAUCUGGCAGCUGUUGCAAGCUGGGCAGCCUCCAGACCUAGCACGGAUCCGCACGCUUCUGGAGCUGGAGAAGCCUGAGCAUCAAGGAAGUCGGAUAAGGGGCCAGGUACUUGAGAAGCGACGGCGGCGGCAGCGGAAAGCAGAUCUGGGUAGAAAGAGUGAACGUAUUGUUCAAGAAGAGGUGGAGUCAAAAAAGGCCCGGAGUUCACAGAUCAAGCCUGAGGAGGGCCAAGAGGAAGAAGAGUUUGAGGAGGGAACAGAUUGUGAAAAUACAUUCAUGACACCUCCUGCAGAGCAUAACCCUAUCUUGAAAGGGAACCAAAAUAACUUACAAGAGAAGGAUUCAGCUCCUACAACACCAUUUCCUUCUUUAACACCUUUGGUACACUUGUCGUACCCUGAGCAGCAAGAGUUGUGACAAUAACACAAAAGAUUUUUAUUUAAUACAACUGCCUCCUGGACCUUUGUAGGUCCUAUACCUUCUUUUCUACCUAGGAUUUGUCACUUCAGACAGUUCUCAAAUCCUAACUCCUAAAGGUCAUAUUUUUUAAGCUGUGUCCCUACGGAUAGCACCUUUUCCCAGCAACAUUACUGUGACUAGCAUACAGGGAGAUAUUUCCUAAGCCACUUUUUUUCCUAGACUGGUGCAAAUAAAACUUGAGAAAGGC